AAAAAUAGUUCAGUUUCGCUUUCCAAUCGUCAGAAAUGAUACCGAGGUUUUCCUCCUCCCAUGAAACCAGCGGCCGCUGUCGUCAAGCUGCGGUUUGGUCUCCCAGGUGGAAGUUAACGCAGGCAGAGCUCGGACACGAUGGAGACGGAAAUACUGAGAAUGAUCUGCGCCGGCCAAGGAGCAGUCAACACGGAGGAUUUAGUGUAUAAUUUGUUUUCCGGCGAUCCCACGAUGUUGUCGGAGAUAAUUUCGAACCGAGAGAAAUUUGUUUCGUGUUGUCCAAACGGACAGCCGAAGGUGGUGGCCAGGACCCGCCUGAGACUUUGCAGAGUGAAAGACUGCCCGGGGACGUGCAGGGCUCUGCACCUGUGCAAAAACUUCCUCUUCAGCGGAUUCUGUCAGUUCACUCAGCUCAGGAGGGGCUGCUGCUUCUCCCAUGAGCUGACCUCUGAGCAUAACCAAAGACUUCUGAGGCAGCAUGAGCUGGAGAGCCUGAGCCGAGAGGAGCUGUGCACCCUGCUGCUGCAGAGUGACCACACACUCCUUCCUGCUAUAUGCUACGACUACAACAACGGUGAUGGAGAGUUCGGCAGGUGUCAGGAUGGUGAUGGUUGCAGGAGGCUCCACAUCUGCCAGAAGUACAUCAGCCGUGAAUGCAGCUGCUCGAGGAAUCACAAUUUUACUGCUUCACAGCCCUUAAAAAAUGUCCAAGAAAGAGGCGUACCUGGUGCCCUUCUGCCAUCCUUGAAGGCUGUGUAUGCAAAUAAAGAGGCUUUGAGGCUGGCUGAGAAUGGUCAACAACAGCGGAGAGGCAGAGGGAGAGGUGGUAGGGGUGCGACGGGCAGCAGGGGCAAAAGGGGAAACAGAGGAAACCAGAGCAGCCGACCAGUGCAGGAUCGAGCCUCCUCACUUACUGAGAUGCUUGCUGGCACUCACAUCUUCGACCUGCACACCAGCAAUGGACUGAAUGAAAGCGACGAUGAAAACUCUUCCACCGGUGACGUCUUCGCCACCACCAGCGACAACGAUGCGAGCAGUGAAAACGGUGAGACUCAAAGACGCCGUCAUGGAAGAAAUCUAGCAGCUGUCAGAGGGAGAGGCGGCAACAGGGGCACCAAUAAGCAACCACUACCAAAAACCCGUUCAUCAAGCAACAUUAACGCUGCUGUCAGUGAUGAAGCUGCUAAAGGUGGCGAAUGGCAGAACAAUAGACAGAGGCCUGUCAGAGGUAAACAACGGCUGAAAACACUUCUGUGGGGAGAUGAACUAAAACUGCUGUCUUGGAACAUUUAUUCCGCAGAUACUAGUGGACAUAAAGCAGCAGACAUCAACAGCACAAAGCUGGAGGAGAAGUUCCUGGCCAAUGACAAAGACGUGGUGGAGUUCACUGCUGGCUCCCAGUCGUAUUCACUCAGUUUCGAGGACAUGAUACAGACAAAUAAACGCUACGGCACCAAAAGGUGUGUGUGCAGACGGCCGCUGUUUGUCUCUGCUGCAGACGUCCUAACAAAGAAAGUCAGACGGCCCGUGGUUAAAGCAUCUGCUCCAAUACCAGACAACUGGGACAAGACACAGAUCCCCGAAACAGGAUGUUCGCGAAUCUCCGUCCAGCGCACGUCAGAUGAAUUUAAGACGGUGGAAACUCAUUUCUGCAAAACCAUGAAAGGCUUUGAUAUUGUCAAAAUUGAGAGGAUUCAGAACAAAGCUCUUUGGGAAGUCUUUCAAUGGCAAAAGAAUCAGAUGAAGACCAAAAACAAAGGAGGAAAUGUGACUGAGAAAAAGCUUUUUCAUGGCACUCACUCCAAAUUUGUUGACACCAUCUGCCACAACAACUUCGACUGGAGAAUCUGUGGACUUAAUGGAACGGCUUUUGGCAAAGGUAGUUACUUUGCCCGUGAUGCCAGAUACUCCCACAACUACACCGGAGACACUGACGUCAGAGACAUGUUCGUCUCACGGGUGCUGGUGGGAGACUUCACCAAAGGGUCCUCUGACUAUCGCCGACCUCCUUCGAAGGACGGAGGGGACAUAAACUUCUAUGACAGCUGUGUUGACGAUGUAAUGGACCCCUCCAUAUAUGUGGUGUUUGAGAAGCACCAGAUCUACCCCGAGUACCUGAUAAAGUACAAGACCACAGUGAUGUACAGUGGUGGUGCAUCAGCACCAGCACCAAAGCCAGUGGCAGCACCAAAGCCAGCUACCGUAUCGGCUUACCAACCUAGCACGAUCUCCUCUGGAUAUAAAGCCAGUGCUUCUUUUUACUCACCUAACACAACCUCUUCGCCCCACCAAUCCAGCUCUGCGUCUUCUGCGUACGCAUCUAGCUUUGUGUCUUCUGGGUACCUAUCUAGCUCGGCGUCUUUUGGGUACGCAUCUAGCUCGGCGUCUUCUGGAUACCCAUCUAGCUCGGCGUCUUCUGGAUACCCAUCUAGCUCGGCGUCUUCUGGGUACCCAUCUAGCUCGGCGUCUUCUGGGUACCCAUACAGUACCUCGUACUCAAACAGCAGAACAGUUAACCAGCCCACACACGUCCCUCCAUCUCCCUCACCACCCCCAAAGAAAACAUCCGAUUCUUGUGUCAUUGCUUAACAUCAGUGGUGUAAAGGGGGGUUGGUGGUGUUUUGCAAUAAUAAUAAUAGCAUAAAAACAGACAGCAAUGGCGGAUCUUGAGCACUAAAAGUGUUUAUUGGAGCAACUGAGAAGAAAACAAAUGAAGCCACAGAUAUUAAUGAAUCCAGAAGAUUAGAAUAUGUGAUUUAUUAGCUGCUGUUUACCAGUUUAGCAUUGACUCACUUCUCAGUCAGCUGCUAUUAAAGCAUUUUAGGCUUCACGUGACUUUGAAUGAUGAGACUUUGGUUUGCUGAAUAGGUGAGCAAGAGGCAGUGCAGAAGAAAGCUUCAGAAAUGUUACAUGUUCCCGUUACACUUCAUAAUUUCUUUUUGUUGUUGUUUUGAUGCUUGAAUUUUUCCGCCUCAAACGUAAAAUGAUUUUCUACAAAUUGCCAGCAUUUCCACACACUUUGUUUUUAUGUGCAGAUUGAAGAUGCACGUAAACACGUGGCAUGUUGGCGCAAUCACGAUUGUUGAGGUGUUGUUUAAAGAAACUACACCUACUUUUUUUACAGAAAAUAAAAAAUAAACGGCAUCAGCGUGCGAGCCGUAUCAGAAGAAACACCUGAGUGCUUUCCUCGUGAUUAUCUCAGGAAGUUUUAUACGAACGCAUCGUACUGUAUCAAGUAAUGAUGAAAAACACUGUGUCAGAUUAGGCCAUUGGUGUCACGAAUUCUCGUAACAACUUAGUCUAGACGCAUGACGGACUGCGCGUUGGUGCCUGAUGAUAGCUUUGCUGCUUUAGACGACCUUUGUGAUGUCAGCAGGAAGUUGGGCCCAACUUCUGGGAACACGGAAACAACCAGCGGCGGCGUGUGAUACUCCCUGCUCCGUGUUUGGAAAAACCUGAAAGAAAAGUUUAAUGAUGUUUACAACUUUUCAACUACAAGUGACAAACUCAGGAGUACAAAGCUACCUUGAGUCAAUUUAAAUGUUGCUCUAGUGACUGGAUGCCAGUAUAUCUCAGUGCUCACAGAGCAGGUGAUCCAUGUAACACGAGGCUGUUGCAGAGGGCCGGGCUCAAAUCUGACCCCACACCAUUUGCACGCCUUCUCCCUCCUUUACUGUCCUAUCAUAAACAAACGCCCCCCAUAAAUGUUGUUCACUUACUGGACGUCUUUCAGUGAACAUUAAAAAAAUAUAACUGGUUGAGAAUCAACCCCAGCCAUCGCAACCUCACUGUUUCCGAGUGAUGGCCGGUGUUUGGGGCGAUAUCCAAGCGUGGUCUGCUCGUUCCAUUUGUCUAUAAGGUCUUUUUUCAAAAAAUAAAUCUUCCCGUGAGAAGAUUAACGAUUGUUUGGAUAUUGCAUUUUGGCGAUAUCUCUGUAGGGUCAAAGCCUGCUUAACCGUGAUUGGUUAAUGCUCCUUGGGAUUUCUCUUUAAUCUUUCAAGUGAUUUGAAAAUAAUUUGAUUAAAAUGAAAAAAAAAAUGUGACUUAAUCUUUUACCAACCACUAGAAAGUAAAAAAAACAGGCUAUAUUGAUUAUUUUAUUGAUAAAAUGUAAAUGAAAGGCUUGUAAUGUGUGUGGUGGGUGAUUUGUUUAGGGUGUGAUUAUUGAUCAUUUCACCUGCUCAACAUGAAUAAUCACUGUUUUCACAAUUAUUAUUAAAGUAAAGCAUGUUGCAGUUUGUUGCUGUCG